AUGUCAGGCAAAUCUGUAUCCCAGGCCAAAAGGCCUAUUCUUCGCUACUCCCAUACUUAUGCUCCAUAUCCAGCUGCUUGUCUAACCCGUCCUUCUCCUUCUGAUCAGGCUCAAUCUCAAACCUCCAUCGAGGGGGACAUCCUCAUACAGCUUUCUUACAGUGCUGCAAAAACCUUUGUCACGAACUAUUACACGGACCUACAAGCCGCCCGCACCAAGCUCAAAGAAUACUACGCCCCCACCCCUUCCAUCUCCUGGAACGGCAACGAUCUUUCCGGCGGUGCAGCAGAUGUAGAGAAACUACACACCGAAAUGCCAGCGGCCACAUAUGAAGUCCAGUGCUUCGACGCCCAACCUCUGACGCCCAACGGGAAAGGGCAGUGUUCGAUCUUGUUGACUACGAAUGGAUACGUGAAGUUUGGUAACGAGAAGGACGCCCCAUCCCGAGGGUUUUCGGAGACGAUUACCUUGGAACCUGAUGAUUCUACACCGGUGAAGUUUUUGAUCAGUACACAGUGUACUAGAUUUGUUUUUUAG